AUGUCUCACAUCACACCAGUCUUCGGCGGCGGCGGCUUCAAUGAGGGCCGCGCCUUCGGCGACGUCUCAGUCAUGCAAGACCUCUUCAAACUGCUCAAAGACAACGGCUGCGACCACAUCGAUACCGCCGCCCUCUACGGCCAGAGCGAAGAGCUCAUGGGCAAGGCGAAAGCUGGCGAUCAAUUCAUCGUCGACACCAAGACGAAGGGAGGUUUCGGUGGCAGUGCCUCCAAGGACACAAUUCUCAAAGAGGCAGAGAAUAGCAAGAAGAUGCUCGGACAUAACGUGGAUAUCUUCUACAUUCAUGCGCCGGAUCCGAACACGGAUUUGGAAGAGACGCUGGAGGGGAUCAAUGAGGUGUAUAAGAGUGGGUUCUUCAAGCGGUUUGGGCUGAGCAAUUACAAGGCGGAGGAUGUGGAGAGGGUGUACAAUAUUUGCAAGGAGAAGGGGUAUCCGCUGCCAAGUGUAUACCAAGGCAACUACAACCCCGUCGCUCGCAAGCAAGAGACUCUCCUCUUCCCUACCCUGCGAAAGCUCAACAUCGCCUUCUAUGCCUACUCCCCCAUCGCCGGCGGGUUCCUCACCAAGAAGAAGCAAGACAUCCUCGACGGCAUAGGUCGCUUCAGCCCGGACCAGAUGGGCGGCCUGUACGCUAAACUCUACAAUCGUCCCGCCUACCUCGAAGCGCUCGGUCAAUGGGAGAAGGUCGCGAACGAGGAGGGUGUGUCGCCGGCCGAGCUGGCGUAUCGAUGGGUGACGUACAACAGCCCGUUGAAGAAGGAGAACGGGGAUGCGAUUAUUUUUGGCGCGAGCAGUACGGACCAGGUGAAGAAGACGCUGGGGUAUAUUCAGAGUGGGCCGUUAAGCGAGAAGGCGUUGAAGGGGGUGGACGGGGUGUGGAAGACGAUUGAGCAUGAGGCGCCGUUGGAUAAUUAUCAUUUGUAG